AGAGAACGACUUCUCUUUGAAAAAUUCCUUCUACUAGGGGAAGGGACCCGACUACCUACCAAUUGCCAAUACUCACAACGGCAUCAAAAAAGCAUUAAUUAGGCAUUUUUCGUGUCAUUUUUGUAGAUAAGAAAGUAAGAAGACUUUCUUUUGUGUACAAAAAAUAGGGAAAUCGCUUUUGGCAAAGAACUAGGUCGAACAAAGACGAAAGAAUUUUCUUCGAUCCAGUAUUGCCAGUUUCUUGAGAGAAAAGAAAUAGGAGUUUGGUAAAACCAAUUAUAAAGAGAGGAAUAAUCUAUUUUAGUGAAGAGCAAGAUGGCUGAAAACCUUGAUAUUUCAGAGUUGUCGCCAAUUCACCCGGCCAUCAUUUCGAGACAGGCUACAAUUAACAUUGGUACUAUUGGUCACGUAGCCCAUGGUAAAAGUACAGUAGUUAAGGCUAUCUCAGGCGUUCAUACUGUCCGUUUCAAAAAUGAGUUAGAGCGUAACAUUACCAUCAAGCUAGGUUAUGCCAACGCUAAAAUCUACAAGUGCUCCAACACUGAGUGUGCUCGUCCCGGAUGUUUCCGCUCCUACCCUUCUGGCAAGGAGGACAACCCUCCUUGUGAAAUUUGUGGCACUCCCAUGAACUUGGUACGCCAUGUCUCCUUUGUCGAUUGCCCUGGUCACGAUAUUCUUAUGGCAACUAUGCUUAACGGUGCAGCUGUCAUGGAUGCAGCUCUGUUGUUGAUUGCUGGUAAUGAGUCUUGUCCUCAACCCCAGACCAGUGAACAUUUGGCUGCCAUCGAAAUCAUGCAGUUGAAACACAUUAUUAUUCUUCAAAACAAGGUUGAUUUGAUCCGUGAAGCUGCUGCUGAAGAACAUUAUCAAUCGAUUUUAAAGUUCAUCAAGGGUACCGUUGCUGAGAAUUCCCCAAUCGUCCCUAUUUCUGCACAGUUAAAAUAUAAUAUUGACGCUAUCCUUGAAUAUAUUGUAAAAAAGAUUCCCAUCCCAGUUCGUGACUACACCACUGCUCCUCGUUUAAUUGUUAUCCGUUCUUUUGACGUGAACAAACCCGGUGCUGAGGUCGAAGAUUUGAAGGGUGGUGUCGCUGGUGGUUCUAUUCUUUCUGGUGUACUUCGUUUAGGUGAUGAGAUUGAGAUUCGCCCUGGUAUUGUCACAAAAGAUGAAGAGGGUCACAUCAAGUGUCAACCCAUUUUCUCACGCAUUGUGUCUCUUUUCGCUGAACACAAUGAUUUGAAGAUUGCCGUCCCCGGUGGUCUUAUUGGUGUUGGUACUACUGUUGAUCCUACUCUUUGCCGUGCUGACCGUUUGGUUGGUCAAGUUCUUGGUUCCAAGGGCAACCUUCCUGAAGUGUACACAGAACUCGAAAUCAACUACUUCUUGCUUCGUCGUCUUUUGGGUGUCAAGAGCGGCGACAAAAACACCACUAAGGUUCAAAAGCUUGCUAAAAACGAGGUUUUGAUGGUAAACAUUGGUUCUACUUCUACCGGUGGUCGUGUCAUGAUGGUCAAGGCUGAUAUGGCAAAGAUUCUUCUUACCGCUCCUGCUUGUACAGAAAUUGGUGAAAAGGUUGCCCUUAGUAGACGUAUUGAAAAGCACUGGCGGCUUAUCGGUUGGGCCAAGGUUGUUGAAGGAAAAACACUUCAAGUAUAGUUUGGGUAUUACUAUGAGCAUUGUAUAAGAUGACUUUUACUUUCCAGUGAAAGUGGUGUCCUUUUUGAUGUAUAGAUAAGCUGUGAUUCCAUGUUUUCUUUGCAACUAUUUGAAGAGAUUCUUGAUUCAAAGUAAGUUAGCUGUAAAUAUUUCUUUGUUUAUGAUGAGGCAUCCAGUUGAGAGUGUUGAUUACAACUCCACUAUAAAAUCUGUAUUUGCACUACCUAAUAAAAGCAAUCGUACCUUUAUCUUGUAGUCAUUUUCAACUAGACAUGACAUUAUAUAUCAUGAAUUGUUUGCCGCUGUUGGAUUCUUUUUCCUUCAUUUUAUGCUCAUGAGGCAUUCGGCUUUCAAAUAAUUUUGUUUCGAAACAACCUAC